AUGCUACGUUUCGUUGACGAUAAAUUUGAUCCAGAAAUUAGUGCUACAAUUGGUGUUGACUUCCGCGUAACAUCAAUGAAAGUUAAUGGAAAUCUUGUAAAACUCGCAAUUUGGGAUACUGCAGGCCAAGAAAGAUUUCGAACUUUAACGCCGAGUUAUUAUAGAGGAGCUCAAGGUGUAAUCUGUGUUUACGAUGUAUCUAGUCGUUCGUCAUUUGCCAGACUGGGUCAUUGGAUGACAGAGGUUGACGCAUAUUCUACUAGAUCUGAUGCUGUUAAAAUGCUCGUGGGAAAUAAAAUUGACAAAGUCAGUUUUUUAUCAACCAUGAAAUUAAAUCGUGAAGUAGGUCGUGAAGAAGGUUUAGAAUUCGCGAGGAAGCAUCGUAUGUUAUUCAUAGAAGCUAGUGCAAAAACUCGAGAAGGAGUACAAUGUGCAUUUGAAGAAUUGAUAGAAAAGAUAAUUCAAACACCAGGUUUAUGGGACAGCGACCGUUCAGCGUUUUCAUUAGGUUCGACUACUGCACAAGAAUCCGGGUACUGUGGAGUUUGUUGA